AUUUUCCCUUUCCUGAGUAAAAUAAAAAAGGAGGAUGGGAGACCGAAAUCAGCGGACGCAAACUCUAGGAGGUCUCGCGACCAAGUCGCUGGUCUCCAAAGAGACCAAGCUCCGGCUGCGCGUGAUCUUUCUGGAUGACAGCGAGCGCACCUUCGAGGUGGAGCAAAACGUUUUAGGUGGGGACUUCUUCAACAAAGUUUGCGGCCAUCUGAAACUGCUUGAGAAGGAGUACUUUGGACUGGAGUUCAGACACCACAGCGGCCAUUAUGUUUGGUUGGAACUGCUUAAGCCUCUAGUCAAACAGAUUAAAUACACCAAUGACUUAUUCUUUAGAUUUAUAGUCAAGUUCUUCCCACCAGACCCUGGUCAACUAAAGAGAGGCCUCACAAGGUAUCUUUUUGCCUUACAGAUCAAGCAGGAUUUAUCUACGGGCAGUCUAACAUGCAAUGACAACAGUGCCGCCCUGCUGGUCUCACACAUACUACAGUCAGAGAUAGGGGACUAUGAUGAGGAGCUGGACUAUCAGCACUUGGAGAUGAAGCACUAUGUCCCCAACCAGGAAUAUCUGGAUCAUAAAAUAAUCAGGCUUCAUAAAAGACACAGAGGAGUUUCUCCAGCAAAUUCGGACAUCCAGCUGCUGGAGGUGGCGAGGAAGCUGGACAUGUACGGCAUCAGGCCCCAUCCGGCCAACGACGGGGAGGGCAUGAGGAUCAACCUGGCCGUCACUCACUCCGGAGUGCUGGUUUUUCAGGGAAACACCAAAAUCAACACGUUCAGCUGGGCAAAGAUCCGCAAACUGAGCUUCAAACGCAAACAUUUCCUCAUUAAACUUCAUGAUAAAGUUGGGGCAUCCUGUAAGGACACUCUGGAGUUCGCCAUGGCGAGCCGUGAUGUUUGCAAAUCCUUCUGGAAGAUGUGUGUGGAGUAUCACGCCUUCUUCAAGCUGGCGGAGGAACCGAAGCCCAUUCAUAGAACUCUGCUGUCAUGUAAAGGCUCCAAAUUCAGAUACAGUGGGAGAACUCAGAAACAGCUGCUGGAAUGUAUGGGAUCAGGAGAAAAGAAGCCUUCACGCUAUGAAAGAACCUACGGUCAGUCCGACCAUGACCCCAGACAGUGUCGAUCUUCUCCGGAUCUCCUCACUGAUGUUUCCAAGGAGAUAUAUGAACAGACGCGCCCUUUUCCUCGGACCAGGCGCACUCUGGCGGUUCACAGUCAGGAUGAAACGGACGGACGCCGACGAGGGCUAAAUAACGCUGAUCUCUGUGAAGGAGGGGCUAAACGCAGCCAAUCAUCUGGCGAGGUCAAUCAGAGGCCACAUUCCCUCGCUCAAGUCACCCCCCUCUCUCCAUGGCACCACCGGUCAAUCCCCUCACCCAAGUUAAGAUCCUCCUCAGUGUCACUAAUGGAGGACAUGAGGGGGGAAAGGAACGUGGCGCAGCGUCAAGCCCAAAGGCUAGCGGGGGUCUAUGCUAACCGCUCCCGACGCCGGCCCAACCCGCAGCCACAUCCGGAUGCGGCUCAGCAGUUAGUUCUUCUCUACCCCAACAGCCCCGCCUACCAGUAUCACCCCGUUCUCCCAUCAUUUCCAUUCGCCGCUCCCUCGCCUCUAAACCGACAACCCUACUUGUCAGAUUAUGUCGCCAUUUCCUCACUUGAGCGUUUCCCCCAUGUAAGGAGGCAGGACUAUGUGCCAAUUGAUUGUGUCUCGCGGCCUGCUUUCUACCCCUUAGCCCAUGACUCGCCAUCCGUCUCACCAAUUAGGAGGAACUUUCGCCCAUACGGUACGGGAGGCCUAGGACUGGCUAGGGUUUAUCAAGCGGGAAGCAAUGGAGGAAGGUUACUUGGUGUUGGACGCACAGAGGUAGGGCAUUACAGUGAUGACUCCAGCUUCUUACCCGGGUUACCUCGUCGCGUGGCCAGCCAACCAGAUGUUAAGUUUCAUCUAUCUAGGAGUACAAACCCAACCUUUAACCCCGCCUCUGAGUUUAGACCCCUUGGUUACUACCCCCAUCUGACGCGGCCCUCCAGACCCACGUAUCUCCCACUCAACUCCUCCCCUCUGCCAGAUCGGCCCACCUCCAUGUGCGUGAUCGGCGGCGCCGCAGGAAGCUACAGCGACUCAGAUCCAGAGGUUUUCUACCCGUAUUAUUGCCAACCUCAUCAGCUGGGGAAGUUGGUGGGGUCUGCCGGGUUGGCCAGGAUGAGGUUUUCCUCUGGAAGUCUACAGCUGGAUGAAGAAGAUGAGGGGGAGGAGGAAGAGAAAGAAAGGACAGGUGUCUCUAAGACAGAGACCAAGGUUGAACCGGACAAGAGAGAAACCAGCGAGGGUGAGAAGACAAAAGGAGCGGCAAAGAUCACUCAAGUCACCCUAUGAAGGAUUUUUACUCACUCAAGAUUUAUGGUUCAUUAGUCAAAGCCUUCAGGUUGCUUCUCCAGAUAAAUCAAUUGUGCAUUGUAAAGAGGACAAUAAAUGUGAUGUCAAGAUGGAGACAAAACACAUUGUUGCCUUGUAUUAGUGACUGUUAGAAACGACUGGUGUUUAGUAAAUGUAAGAUCAUCCAGUAAAGAUUUACAAAAAGUUUUCAUUGUUUACAUCAACGUGAAUUACAUUUUCUGAUGGAUAUAACUUCUAAGUGUGGUCUUUGAUUUCCAUCUAUGUUAUAAUAAUUGCUGCAGUUACAGCUGCAGGUCUUUUGGGGCAGCUUUGCACAUCUAGAGUCUGGAAUUUGUCCAUUCCUGUUGACGUAAUGGAAAAGGCUGAGUCAGACUGCCACAGAUUCUUGCCUGGAUACAAGUUGGACUUUGACUGGGCUUUCCUCACAUGAAUAAGGUUUAUCUAA